UUUACUUGUCUUUUACCACAGAAUCCACAGGAUUAUCACUCCAAGAACAGAAUUCCAUCACUAGAUAUACUUCAGUUAAAGAUGAGUUAAUGUUUGUAUUCAUCCAGUGUUCCUCCAAGCGGAGUUUCUAGUGAAUUUCAACAUGUUCUGUUAGUGAAAUGACUGCCUUCUCUCCUGUCUUCAUCAAGGGCACAUGUAUGGACAUGUGCCCUGUAAGAGAACGUAAGUUGAGAGAGAAAGAGGGUCUGCUGCAUUUGUUGGAGUUACCCGCUGGUACUUCACUUCAGUCCACACCUACAGCCCACCCUUAUCUCACAGUAAAGAGCUUCAGUCGCUCAGCCGCUGGUCAUCACACACCACAUCAGGAUGAACUGCGGCCACCAGACAUCCUUUACAAGACAGUGUGCCACCUUCUAACCAGCACUGUUUUGCGACAGGGAGUGGACUGGUGCACAGUGUAUGAUUUUGUGUUUGACCGUCUGCGUGCAGUGCGACAAGACCUGGUGAUACAAGGCCUGGGUUGUGUUGAGAGCAUCCCAAUUCUGGAACCAACUGUGCGCUUUCACAGCUAUGCUGGCUACAGACUAUGUGCAGAACCACUAUCAAAGUUUGAACCAGCAAUCAAUUGCACUCACUUAUUGGAAUGUCUGAAGCGACUCCUUGUGCUUUAUGAUGACUGCCACAACACUUCGAGUCUUGAAGUGAGAGCAGAUAUGGAGGCACUGUACUUACUGAUGGGGCUUGGUAGCUACCAGACACUCAGUAGGGCGCUGCAACUACCAGGAGAAUUAAGGCAGCACCCAACAGUAAAGACAGCAUUUGCAAUGUCACUGGCUCUGUGGUCUGGUAACUACGUACGUCUGUGUACUCUGCUGCCAAAACUUCCACCUCUCUUAAAGUGUGUUGCAGCUCAACAACUACCACUUGUUAGGAGACAUGCACUGCAGAUAAUGUCGUGUGCCUACAGCAGUCAUAAUCUCACAUUUCCACUAAGCAGGCUUCAGACUUUAUUACUUUACAAAACACAUAAACAAGCAGAAAGUGAUUGCAAGCGCUAUGGCAUCUCAGUGAAGGAUAAUGCUGUCAUGUUUAAUAAGGCAACUUUCCAGCCAAAUGCACACGGUCCUUGUUUGUAUGUCGAGUGUGUGGACAUGGCACUACAGUCAGUUGACUUGACAGAACUUCUGUUGCUCAAAGAUCGUGCACCAGAACCAACAGAAACUGUGAAAUAAGGGAUUUAGUUUUAUUAAUAUGUCAGCAGGAUAAAAAGAAGAUGGGAUUCUUGUUACAGAAAAUUCUUGCAUGAAGUAAGGCCUAUGACAUUGAUUGAAGACUUAAGAGAAUUGGAAACUGUGAAGAGUUGCAGAAUUUUGUUUCAAAUUAUAACCUGAAACUAACAUUCUUAUACUUUGAAUUAUUUAAGGCAUAAUCACUUAUAUUUUUAAUUAGACAACCAAAAGGAUAUUCAAGAAUGUGAAUAUAUAAUAAUUUAAUUACUAAACAUUCCUUAUAACAAGACGCCAAAUACAGGAAUUUGUCGAGUGCCUAACAGCCACACACACUGCAAUUCCUUGCCAACUGUGCGUCUCUACUUUAUAUACAAAUAAUAAAUUGCUUUUAUAAUGUGAUGCCAAUUUAUUAGUGUAGUGGAUUCCUAGUCUCUAUACAUUUACACUGAUAUAUGUAGCACUAUGUAAUGUAAAAAAAUAUACAUUAUAAGAAGUGA